AUGAGCAAACGACAAAUUGUUAAUGUAAAACUUAUAGCUACUGGUUCAAUUUUGCCUAAUUUACACUAUAGCAUCAAUGCAAUUCACUGGUGUACCGUGAGAGGUGAUGUUGAUUUAACUAAUGAAGUUAUGUUGAAAAAUGAGUUUAGUGAUAUUGAAAGUUCCUCCAGCAAAGCAAUUACUUCAUUGUACCAAAAAUUAAAUCCUCUUUCAAAUACCAAGUAUUCUGGUCCAAUAGUAUUAGGUUGGGAGGAUGAGAGCAAUUUAGAAGCAUCAUUGGAAGAUGUGCAAUUUCGUCCAUUUGUUAUCAAAGUAGACAAAUUUAAAAUUCAUAUUAUAUCAUUGGGAAUUUCUAAAAAUGCUGAUAUAGAUGGAGCAGGAAUAGGAUACAUGUCAUCUUUUAUUGGCAAAUAUAAAAAGCAAAGAUCAAUGUUUGUUCAAAAAAUUGAUCAAGAUGGAUGUCAUAUAGAUAUUUAUGAAAAAAAUAUUAAAAUUGAAAGUUUUGUUGGUUUGACACCAGUUGAAAAUCAAAAUACUAUUAUUGAGCUGAAUGUAGCUUUAAAAAACCUUUAUCCUACAGGACAUGUGUUUAAUCAAUGUGAAAUAGAGGCAUGGCAACCAAUGUUGAAAGCCACUGGGUGUACAAAGAUAUCACCUUUUGAAAAAAAUCAAUCAAUGUGUGAAUUCUGGACACAAGCAUUUGAUCCAUCUAAUGAUAAAAUUACAUUGAAGUGCUAUAUGAAAACCAAUUUCUCAACUCAAAUCCUUCUGAUGUCUCUAGUUCAAGCAAUGAAUUUUGUCCAUGGAAAGAUUUCAGCAGAACGUAUUCCAUCACCACUCAGAUACAUAUUCCAGUGGUUUAAAAUCUUGGCCGAGAUUGCUUUAGAGAAAAAAUUUGAAGAGCGCAAGAUUGGUUUAACUCUUCAUUUUGAACAAGAACAACGAUGGAGAUUUAGCGUAAAUUUUAUUUUUGACUGUAUAAAUCAACAAAAUGGAGAUUUCGUUUUCAAGCCUACAACAAACGGCCAAGACAAUAAUGAGAACGAAUUGCAGAAUAAUAAAUUUUUUCAUUCAACAAUCUUACGCAAACCUACAUUAUGGAAAGUUACUUAUAACGACAAUGUCAACAACGACAACGAUAAAGAAGACGAGAAGUCACAAGCUUAUGUUAAUUUAUUACAAAAAUCAUGUCAAUUGUCGAUAAAAUCAAGAAAUCAAACUUUCCAAAAAAUUCAAAAUGUUUAUAGAAUCGGUAACGGUUCAAAUCAUCUUAAAGUUCCAUACAAAUUCACCUAUUCAACCAAAGACAACGACAGUAACGAAGUCAACAGAUUAAGAUCACGCGGUGGUGAUCGUAUAAUGAAUCCUUUAUCAUUCGAAUGUUCACCUAGUUUCUUUUAUCCACAAGAAUCAACAGCUCACAGGUUGCUGAUGUCAAUAACAAAGCAUAAACCAAUUUUAAGACAAUCAUUGAAAUUGUCAUCAACUAAAAAAUCUAUCAUAGCCACAAGCACCACAAACUCCACCAUACCUCCACCAUCACCUAGAAACUUCACAUAUUCUCCACCCUUUCAAUCAGAAACAAACCCUUCAAGAUUAGAAGAAAAGAAAAUUUUAUUCAAAAUUCCUUCAAAAUGGGCACGGGGUCCAAGAUAA